AUGGUCUUCUUUGUUAGUUUUACAAUCAGUCGAAAGAACCUUCCUACACCAAUGUUACAUUCAUCAUUAGCAGAUAUGGCCCUUAGUGGGCACUUAAGCUUUGAAAAGAAUGAACAUGCAGCAAAAGAUUUUGGGAAUAUAUACCAUUUCAUGCCAUCAGCAGUUUUAUACCCAAAAUCGGUUUCUGAUAUUUCCUCAACUAUAAAAUAUGUUUUCGAGAUGGGUACCUCUUCAGAGCUAACGGUCGCUGCCCGAGGCAAUGGCCAUUCCCUGGCAGGCCAGGCACAGGCCUACCAAGGAGUGGUUAUCAAUAUGGAAUCACUUCGGGAACCAGAAAUGAGUUUUCACGCUGAGGAACCGCCCUAUGUUGAUGUUUCUGCUGGUGAACUUUGGAUAAAUAUUUUGCAUGAGAGCCUUAAACGCGGGCUAGCGCCAAAGUCAUGGACAGAUUAUCUUCAUCUCACUGUUGGAGGGACUUUAUCAAAUGCGGGAAUCAGCGGGCAAGCUUUCCGACAUGGUCCCCAGAUCAAUAAUGUUUACCAACUACAGGUUGUCACAGGCAAGGGAGAUGUAGUAACAUGUUCAGAAGAGCAGAAUACUGACCUAUUCUAUGGUGUACUUGGAGGACUGGGACAAUUCGGCAUAAUCACCCGGGCUAGAAUUGCUCUAGAACCUGCACCCAAAAUGGUCAAAUGGAUCAGAGUACUGUAUAUAGACUUCUCUAUAUUUUCCAAGGACCAGGAGCAUCUAAUAUCUUCAGAAAUGUCUUUCGAUUAUAUAGAAGGGUUUGUCAUAAUAAAUCGAACCGGAUUAUUAAACAAUUGGAGAUCCUCAUUCAAUGCCAAAGACCCUCUUCAAGCCGACCAAUUCAAUUCAGAAGGAAGAAUUCUAUACUGCCUUGAAGUUGCCAAAUACUUUGAUCCAGGCAAUUCUGAUCUUGUUAAUCAGAACGUUGACACCCUCUUGUCAGAACUGAAUUACAUUCAGUGCACACUCUUUCUGUCAGAAGUCUCUUAUGUAGAUUUCCUGGAUAGAGUGCACGCCUCUGAAAUAAAACUCAGGGAAAAAGGGUUAUGGGAAGUUCCUCACCCCUGGUUAAAUCUUCUUAUCCCUAGAAGCGGGAUUCAUGAGUUUGCUCAAGAAGUCUUCGGAAAUAUUCUUGCAGAUACCAGCAACGGUCCUGUACUCAUUUACCCAGUAAACAAAUCAAGGUGGAGAAAUAGGACAUCCAUGGUUACACCAGACGAGGAUGUUUUCUACCUAGUGGCAUUUUUAUCAUCUGCAAUACCAUCAUCUACCGGAAAAGACGGGUUAGAACAUAUUUUAACACGAAACAAAAGAAUUCUUCGCUUUUGUGAAGGUUCCCGUCUUGGGGUGAAACAAUAUUUGGCCCAUUAUAGCACUCAGAAAGAGUGGAAAGCUCACUUUGGCACUCAAUGGGAAGUCUUUUCUCAGCACAAAUCUACCUACGACCCUCUGGCAAUCCUAGCUCCAGCUAAUGACUGUGAUCUUGAACCAGUUGCUUAUGAAUUUUUCACGCAAGCUUCUGUACAGUACGAGGAAGAAGUUGCGGAUUCUAAAGCCCAGGUGACUGCUAUACACCUAAUAAUCGGGACUCUGCAGAGGAUGAAUGUCUUUUGCGUCGAAAAUAGAGAUACCUUGACUCAUAAAGCUACAGGGUAUUCAGCAAAACUUUUAAAGAAGCCUGAUCAGUGCAGAGCAGUUUAUGCCUGUUCACAUCUCUUCUGGGUUGAUGAUCAGGAUGGCAUCAAAGAUGGAGAAAGCCCUAACCCGGAUUUGUUGAAUAAUCGGGACUCGAAAUCUUCAGCAAGUGUCAAUUUUUCUGAUAGUUUAAGUGGUGCUGGUGGAUUUGAGUGCGAGAACACGUGUCAUGGAAGAUCGAAUUUUUCGGGUCGGAUAAAACCGAGGAUGACGAAGAUGAGGAAAAAGCAACUGGGUGCUUCUCAAAAUGGAAAAUCAGUGAAAAGUAGUUCUGACUCGUCUAAUAUGGCACAUUCUGAUAGUUCAGGCCAAGUCAAUGAAGCUACUAGAAGUAACGGUACUAGAAGUAAUUCUAGUGGGUUUAGUGGUCUUGGUGAUGGAAACACAAAGUUUGGCAAUUACGUAGGCUUUGUGUUUGGGGGUAAUAAUGAUAUCAAUGUGGGGAAAAGUGCUGGUUUGGAGAAUGGGGAAUGCAGUGACAGUUGGAGUGUACCUGGAAAAUUUUGUAGCACGGGUGUUGUUUUUGGUGCUGAUAAGAUUAAUUCAAUACCGAAUUUGGAUUUGCAUAAUGGAAAUUCUUCUUUCGGUACAAAUAUAGAUAACUCGAAGUCCAAUAUAAGUCUGAAUGAUGGGUAUUUUGUGUUUGGCUCUAAUAAAGAUAGCUCAUUUUUUAAUCCGGUGACUGGAAAAACAGGCCCUGUGUUUGGUGCUAAUAAGAAUGGAUCAACGUUAAAUACAAAUUUGGAAAGUGAGGUAUCUGUGAUUGGUGUUAACAAGAAUGGUGUUAAUACAAAUUUUGGAGAGAGACAAUCAAGUGUAAAUGGAGGACAAUCAGGAUCUAACGAGUUUAAGAAAUCUGAUAACUUUGGAUUUAUGUUUGGUGCAGAUAAGUACGAGCCAGAAAAGAUGAAGAAAAAAGAGUCACAUAAUACUGACUUGCAAUCGAGUGUCAAUGGAUUUGGGGAAGUCAAUAGUGCAAGUUUUGUGUUCCGUGCUAGUAAGAGCGGUUAUGCUUCAAAAAAUUUAGAUCCAAAAGAGCAAGACUGGCGCGGAAAUGUGGGGAAGAAUGAAUCAAGCAAGGAUGUUGGAAAAACAAUACCCGAUGUUAGUGGUAAAGCUCAAUCAGAAUCCGGGGAGGAUCCUGAAAGGGUGGGUCAUUCUAGCUUUGGUUUCCCUUCUACUCCGAGUGUAAGUAGGACAAAAGAUCGUGACAGUUUUGUGUUUGGUGCUGAUAGUAAUAAUUCAAAAUUAGGUGCAGAUUUGAAAAAUAACUCAAAUGGCAAAAAUGGAGGGAGGUGCAAUUUUACUAGCAGUAUUAAAGAUAAUACAGAUAGUGGAAGUGAUUUUCAGAACACCAAUAUCAAUGGUGGUUUUGUUAUUGGAGGAACAAGAAGCAAGAAGAAUUUGAAUCCUGAAGGAACUACUUUGCCCGUUGAUGAACUGAAUAACAUGAACAGUGGUAAAGCUGAUGAUUCCAAUAGUUUUAUGGGUCACAGAGAUAAUGACGGGACAUACUGUAAAUUAAAAUUUGGAAGUAGGUGUGGUUUUGGUACUGAUUUGCAGAGCCCUCUAUUUGAACUCUCGGAUGAGAUGAAGGGAUUAAACAUUGAUGGUUCUGAAGCAGUUGCUGAGAAGAACCGAAAAUGUGGUAGCAAUUCAUCUGCCACUGCUAGUAACGUAUUCAUGUUUGGAAGCAGUGGAAGGGAGUCUUUUUUUUCAACUGAAAGACCUGAUACCAUGUCCUGGAAUUCAUUCAGGGAUGCGAAUGCAGAAGGCAAUGACCUUGAAAAGCAUGACGAAAUUGAUGCAAAAAGGAAUGCCCAUAAGGUAAAUACACAUGAAAAUACUGGAAAACCUGCUGAUUUUUGUAGACCAAAUGUUUCAGACAUGUUAUUUGGUGAAAUGAAAAAUGCGAAUUCUGAAACUAGGGCUGGAGUAUCCAGUCAACAGACAUAUUCAUGGUUUUCUGUUGCUGGUGCUUUUGGAAAGGAUAAUCACACUAUGAACAAGAAGGCUUCAGAUGAGGAUCACUUAUUGCUGAAUAACGUCCAAUCCAAUAGAAUGUCUUCUUCAUGUUUUUUCUCGUCAAUUGGAACUGGUGUUCAGCCAAAAAAUGGUGACUUUUAUGAAGGUAUUAGUAAAUCUGAGAAGGACAGAAAUAGCUUUAUGAGCACACCCAUUAGAUUAGAGUCAUCUUGUACAGACUUUAGCACUCCAGAUAUUGAAUUUUCCUUUCCGACAUCUAAUUUAUUUCCCGGAGUAAAUAAGAAGUUAGAAUUUAGUGCAAAUCAUGAAUCAGCUAGGAGCAGAAGAUUGAAGAAGGCAAAUGGAAAGUUAAGACAAAGAAGACAUAACCCCGAGCAAGACCACAUGUCUAAAGAAGGCAGUUUUCGGCAAAAUUAUGAGUCCCCUGGGUGUGGUUCACCCAUGGAUUUUUCACCUUAUCAAGAUACUUGUAGUAACAAUGCACCAUCAGGUGGCUUUGCAACUAUGGCUACUGGAGUGGAAAGAGAAGAUGUUAUGACAAAUGGAGACGAUUUUAUGGGACAUACUGAAAGGCCAUCUGAUGGUGAGUGCAAAUUUAGUUUCUCUGCUUCGUUGCCAGUACAAGAUGGUUUAUCAGCCAUAAGGAAUCAAUACAAGAAAAAAUACAAGUUGAAAGUUGGUUCAAAUCGCACAGCCCAAGGCCGAAAAUCUUCAAUUGCUUCUUCUGAAUUACAGUCCUCUCCCCUUGCUCGUAAUAUUUCAGAUGUGGGUCCAGGACAGGUUCAGAGUCAAGCAACCCCAUCUUGUCAAAGCAAAGAGAAAUUUGUAUUUAAUGCUGACAAACAAAAUUCAAAACAAUGCCCUAUAGAGUCUGCAUCGGAUGAAUUGUGUGAGCACUGGCGAAUCAGGGGAAACCAGGCUUAUCGUGCUGGGAAAUUUUCUAAAGCUGAAGAGCUUUAUUCAACGGGCAUAAAUUCUGCCUCACAUGCAAGUAUCGAAGGAUGCUCCAUUAAACCGCUUUUGCUCUGCUAUAGCAACCGUGCAGCCACACGAAUGUCUCUUGGGAGGAUGAGGGAAGCCUUGGAAGACUGUAUAAAGGCUAUUGAAUUAGACCCCAGCUUUCUCAAGGUCGCAGUAAGAGCUGGAAAUUGUCAUCUGAUGCUGGGAGAAGUUGGAGAUGCAAUCCUAUGUUACAAAAAGUGCUUGGAAUCACGGAUUGAUGUCUGUUUAGAUAGGAGAGUCACUAUUGAAGCUGCUGAUGGCCUGCAAAAGUCACAGAGAGUGGCCGAGUAUAUGCUUCAGUCUGCUGAACUUCUGCAAGAAAGAACUCAUGAUGCAGCAACCAGUGCUCUAGGGAAUAUUACGGAAGCCUUGAUGAUAAGUCAUUAUUCUGAGAGAUUAUUUGAGAUGAAAGGAGAGGCUCUUUGCACUUUACGGAAAUACGAUGAGGUGAUUCAACUAUGUGAGCAAACUCUUGAUAUUUCUGAGAAGAACCUAGCUUCUGCUGACGUGGAUGAUUCCAAUUGCAAGAGCUCUCAUGUGAGGUUGUGGAGAUGGCGCCUACAAUCCAAGUCCCACUAUCAUCUGGGAAGGCUUGACAUAGCUCUUGAUUUGAUUGAAAAACAAGAGGAAUUGAUUUCUAUUGGCACUAAGUAUAGAAACAUGAACCAGGAAUCCUCAAUUCCUUUUGCUGCCACUGUACGCGAGCUUUUAAAUUUGAAGAAAUUAGGAAAUGAAGCUUUUCAGUCCGGAAGGCAUACAGAAGCUGUAGAGCAUUAUACUGCAGCUAUAUCAAAAAGUGGCGAGUCACGCCAUUUUAUGGCUAUCUGUUUCUGCAAUCGUGCAGCUGCAUACCAAGCACUUGGCCAAAUUGUUGAUGCCAUUGCUGAUUGUAGUGUGGCCAUUGCUCUUGAUGAUAAUUACCAGAAGGCACUUUCCAGGAGAGCCACAUUACAUGAGAUGAUUAGAGAUUAUAAGCAAGCAGUUUGUGAUCUUCAGAGAGUCGUUUCUCUGCUUGAAAGUCCAUUACAAGCAAAAACUCGACAAUCUGGAGGACAGGAUAAAUCAAAUUGUGGUAGUGCGAAAGAUUUAAGAAGAACACGUCGCCGUCUUUCUUUAAUUGAAGAGAAAGCUAAAACAGAAACUCAACUGGAUCUUUAUGUCAUUUUGGGAAUCAAAUCAUCCGAUACAGAAUCCGAGAUUAAAAAAGCAUAUAGAAAGGCUGCUCUUAGACAUCAUCCAGACAAGGCUGGCCAGUUAUUGGCGAGGAGUGAGGGUUUGGAUGAUGGAAGAUUGUGGAAAGAGGUUGGUGAGAACAUCCACAAGGAUGCUGACAGGUUAUUCAAAAUCAUUGGGGAGGCAUAUGCUGUACUUUCAGAUCCCAUCAAGCGCUCCAAGUAUAAUGACGAAGAGGAAGUGAGAAAUUAUUACAGGGAUAGCAAUUCUGAACGACAAUCUACUUCUUACAGUUCUCCAUACGAGAAUGGCAAUCGAUAUGGGAGACAAUCGGGCAGUGGUGUUUUUGCAAGUAACCAUGACCUGGAAAGAAUGGCAGAAUCCAACAAUCUUGAAGCAACAAUGAAACCGUUCUAUCAAAGAGCUUCCGAGGCAGAGGAUCGAUUGGCAAGACUUGAAGCUGCCCUUGCCGAAAAAAUAGAUUCUGGAAAUGAGGAAUUACUUAAGAGAGUUGGUGAACUCCAGUCAGAGCUUGAAAAUGUAAAAGCUGAGCAAGUUGCAGAGAGGCAGAAGGCUACAAAAGAGCUGGAGCAGCUUACUGCGGAAAAUGAAAAGCUCAGAUAUCGCAUUAUACAUCUUGUCAGAGCUUUGAAGGAGGAUGGCAGCAAGUUAUCAUCCAAGUGA